AGUGGGGUACAGCUAGGCCGGGAGUUUGUCCUGAGUAGGGAGGAGCGGAGAUCAGAGAGCUCCGGAACUGGAGACAGAGGACUGAAGUCAGGACUGAGUGGCGGAAGAGAGUUCGGGCCGAGACAUGGCUACUUCUGCAGAACAAAGUCACAUGGUACUGCCCAGAGCGGAUGCCAUUCGUUCCCGUCUCAUUGAUACUUUCUCUCUCAUCGAGCAUUUGCAAGGCUUGAGCCAAGCAGUGCCGCGGCACACUCUCCGGGACAUACUUGAUCCUUCCCGUCAGAAGAAAGUUAUGUUGGGAGAUCAACACCAGCUAGUACGCUUCUCCAUAAAGCCCCGACGUGUAGGGCGGAUCUCACAUGCACAGCGAAUGUUGAGCAGGCUUCAAGUGCGUUGCAGUCAGAGGCCUCCUCUGUCCUUGUGGGCUGGAUGGGUUCUUGAAUCUGCUUGCUUCUCAUAUUUCAUCAUCUUCCUCAUCUUUUUGAAUACAGUUGUCCUGAUGGUUGAAAUAGAAUUGCUGGAAUCUGCAAAUAUCAAACUGUGGCCAUUGAAGCUGACUUUGGAGGUGUCAGCUUGGUUCAUUUUGUUUAUGUUCAUCUUGGAGAUCCUUCUUAUGUGGCUGUCCAGCUUUGUCCUCUUCUGGAGGAAUGCAUGGAAUGUCUUUGACUUUGUUAUUACCAUGUUGUCCUUACUUCCUGAAGUUAUGACAUUGCUAGGGGUCUCAGGCCAGUCUGUAUGGCUCCAGCUGCUUAGGAUCUGCCGGGUGCUGAGAUCUCUCCAACUCUUUGCACGAUUCCGUCAAAUUCGAGUGAUUAUUUUGGCCCUAGUCAGGGCUCUUAAGAGCAUGACCUUCCUCUUGAUGUUGGUGCUCAUCUUCUUCUACAUUUUUGCUGUGACUGGCGUCUACUUCUUUGAAGAAUACAGCCGCUCAACUCGUGAGGACUUGGAGUACAACAUGUUCUUCUCGGACUUGCUGAAUUCCUUAGUGACUGUGUUUAUUCUCUUCACCUUGGAUCAUUGGUAUGCAGUGCUUCAGGAUAUCUGGAAGGUGCCUGAAGCCAGCCGUAUCGUCAGUAGCAUCUAUAUCAUCCUUUGGCUGUUGCUUGGCUCCAUUAUAUUUAGAAAUAUCAUAGUAGCUAUGAUGGUUACUAACUUCCAGAAUAUCAGGAAUGAGCUGACUGAGGAGAUGACACAUCUGGAGGUUCAGUACAAAGCUGACAUAUUCAAGAGGCAAAUUAUCCAGAGGAGAAAAAACCUGUCCCCUGGAGCAGCGAGAUCAAGCCAUAGCAAAAUGGAUGACAGAAAAGGUAGUGAACAAAAGGUAUCAGAGGACUUAUCAGAACUUUCUGAACAAGAGUCUAAAACUGCUGCUGAAGAGGAAGUGGGAGAAUCUUCAUCAAAAACAAAAGAAUCCCCAUCAAAAGCAAAAAAGUCCCCAUCUUCCCCCUCUAGCUCCUCUGCAUCUUCCUUCAGUCCCUCCUCUUCAAAACCUGAAGUGAUUGAUAAUGAUCAGGUGGACUGGGAGACUCUUGUGCACGAAAAUCUGCAUGGGCUAAUGGAUAUGGAUCAGGAUGACCAAGUUGUUUGGCCCAGAGAUUCACUCUUCCGAUAUUUUGAGUUGCUUGAACAGCUUCAGUAUAACCUAGAGGAGCGCAAGAAGUUGCAAGACUUUGCAGUGCAGGCACUAAUGAACUUUGAAGACAAGUAAAGCCCACAAUGAAUGGUUUCAAUAUCUUUGGGCCCAGCAAAAGAUAAUGAAGGCAAUAUUUGGAAAUAGAGAAUUUAAAAUGUAACUGUCUAAUAAAUAUUGCUAAUAAAUACUGCUGUGACUUUGAUCCCUACUGGGCCUCAGUCCCUGGAUCCUGGUCUUUCCCUCCUGAAGUCAUUG